GCUUGCUCCUCCCCAUACCGUGUGUGUUAACUUAUUCCCGUUUCACUUAAAAGGGCAGACACCCAACUUGUCCUCCCCUUCCUUACUCCCGGUUCUAGUUCAUCGCUGGCCAGACAAUAAUUAUGCCAUCUAUUAUCGGCUUUGAUGCUUUUCGCCUUCGCUGGUGGUCAAAGUCUUCUGCCAAACCACUUCCACCUCCUAGCGAGGACGACAGCGACCGCUCAUGUUCACCUGAAAAGGUCGAGCGUCGUACGAGUUUCCACAUCAGCACUCCAAAGAACAUCCGCCAACCCCCGCACCGACCCCGGGAUGUUCAAAAGGCACUACCCGGAAUACCUACAACGAGCACAAGCAAAGUUUUUCACGAUGAAGUGGUGAACGAAAAGUCUAGUGAUCAUUUCCUCGAGCAACCAGUGGAGGCAACCGAGAAGCUCGUCGGUCUCCUAAGGUCAAAUACCAAUAUCCAUAAAUCAUUACCGCCAACAACGAAACCAUCACCUACCAUGAAGCCGUCGUUGAUUCGUCGCGUAACAUCUAGGUUACACAUCACAGUUCCGGCAACUCCCUCAUCUUCACAGCUUGAACCGUCACCCCCGCGUCCAGCACGUGCCCCAGCUGGUGUGGGGCACUCGGGCUCUUCCCGACCUCCUCGAUCACCACGCGUCACUCCUGUUCAUUCUCCCACACUUCCUAACUCCUUUGUCUCUCGUGAGAAUCGUCAGGCUGCCCUGCGCGAGCGUGGUUUGCUUCCUCCAAUGAAAGAUCUUAGCCAACAAGAGCGUGAGGCCGAUGAGCGCUUAGCUCCCGUCCCCGCCCCUGACAAAGCCCAGAGUGGCUUCAGUGCGGCAUCAAAGAUUAAGGAAGAAUGGAUGUCCGCAAAUCGUUCGUCUGAAACACGUGCUUCGGAUUCUGUCUACCCAAGACAGCUGCCCAGCUUUAGUGCGCUGGCAUCAGGGGUGUCAUAUUCGGCAUCUUCUUCACUACCCCAAUCCUCAGCAUGUGAUUCCGAUUGCGCUCGCGCGGACCUUAGUGCCGAGAUGCCAUUCAAAGCAAGAUCCUCAAUUUCCAGUAGCGUCCCACCACUAUCCCCAUCUUCACACCUAGAAGUACUCGAAGAGGAGCCUGCAGAGCAUGCGCUUCCAACACCGCCGCCGCCACCGCACCAUGUUCAGCCGCCCAUAAUUAUGUCCACCCCAGUGGAGAAUUCUUUUCCCCAAGAUCACGCCAUUCUUGUCGAAAGCCCUAUUUCUGGUACGUUCUCUAGCUAUCAAGCAGCUCUAGGAUCACCAUCUCGGCCGGACACAUCCCCUCCCGUUAUACCGGACAAAGAAAACUCGUGUUCUCCACUCUCGGCCCCUCCAUCCCGGCGGCGUACAUCAGAGUCAAAUGUUCGCAGACGCUCAUCGGUCUCGACACAUCUGUCCAGAUUCGGUACUAACUCGCUCACCAAUUUGCGGCGCUCGGUGACUGGGAGUUUAAGGUCCAGUGCGGAUCUAUCCAGUACUUCCAGUCAACAUUCCUCUCCACGGGUAUCUAUCAGGCCGACGAUGCAUAACCGUGGAAGCAUACUAUCUGAGACCAAGGGUAUCCAAGACGCAGAGAGUCGCCGACUGAGUGAACUUGCAUUCUUGGAUUGAUCACGCGGAUCUUCGGAUUCAAGGGUUGAUGCUCCCUGCCUCGUGACUACUGUUAAACAAAUUAGCUGUUCUCGCGCAUCGUUACAAUUUGAAAGACGCCCUCCAUUCUUUUACGGGUCACGCAUAAUCCUUCGCACUUCCUUUUCGGACACUCACACACGUCGCCGUCCACAUUCAUUCUCAAGGCUUUUAAAGGCAUACAUAGCGCCUAUUCAUCCACCCAAUAUGAAAACCUCGUUGCAUACUUUUUGCAUGUACUUUUACACCCGUUAUCGAUCGAAUCACUUUUGCGAUCUGAUAUCCCCGCUCACUACAUUCGUCGGUCACGUUAAUUCCUUGGGUUAGUAAUAAGCACAACCCGUUCUCUCCUUUGAUACAGAUUAAUUCAC